AUGGCAGACCCGGAUCCUCCUAUGGACUAUACCUCUCCUUCGGGAGAGGCAUACGUGUAUCCUGAUAUCGAUGAGGCCAUUCAGUACCCUUGGCGGGAGAAUAAUGCUGUUGCCGCCCAGGCUCAGAACGUCCCGGCCUCGGUGAUCGACCCUCGCUUGUAUCAGUCGUUAUUUUCUCAAAACGCGCCCGAAAACCCUGAGCAAGAGUAUUUGGGUGACGAAGCUGGUCUAUUAUCCGAGGAUAGCCAAGUAUCCCAGCCCAGACUUUAUGCGGACGACAUGAGCAACGACGAUUCAGACUACGAGAUUUCAGAAGAUGGAAGCGAAAGUGACGAGGACGACGAGCCUCCUGAAGGUGAAGAUUCUGAUGACUCUGGUGCGGCGCGGCGGCGGCGGCGCCGAGGUGGAGGGCGUUUCUCAGGUCGUUAUGGUGCCCGCGGUGGAAAGGGCAUCAAACGAGGGCCGCGCAAACCGCUGGACCCGGGCCCAGAAUUCAAAUUGUACCAUUCAGAAGCCACUUCUGCUUUCAUUGAUGGCGAUUAUGACCGCGCCCAUGAGUUCGUGAAUCAGGCAAUUCAGGUCAACCCCGAGAUGUUUCCGGCUCAUUCACUGCUGUCAGAAAUUUGGCUGGCCAAAGGAGAUAAGGUUCGAGCCUUGCAAGCUCUUUGGAACGGUGCUCACACCCGACCAAAAGAUCCUACUGUUUGGAUGAAGGUUGCACGACUCCUUCUGGAACGCGCUGGUGACAACCGUGGGAGUGCGCUGAAUGACGUUGUUUAUUGUUACAGCCGUGUGAUUGAUAUUCAACCGAGAAAUUUCAAUGUUCGAUUUCAGAGAGCUGCACUAUACCGGGAGCUCGGACACAAUGGCAAGGCCGCCAGCGAGUACGAGCGUAUUCUGAACGAACGGCCGCACAACACCAGAGCUCUUCGACACCUAGCAGAGAUUUUCAUUGAUCUCAACGAUGUUGACCGGGCAGUUACUCAUUGGUCAAUAAGUGUCGACUACUUUACCUCCCUUGACCCAGAUCAAGUUCGUGAUUUCUCUUGGUCCGACAUCAACAUCUAUGCCGAGCUCUUCGGCUAUGUGGGCCGGCCACGAGAAGGGCUCUACCAUCUUAAGUCACUUUCUAGAUGGCUGCUGGGUCGCAAAGAUGACAUUAUGUGGGUGAAUUUCGAGGACGAUGACCGGGAAUGGGACUCGGAGGAUUCACCUCGCCGAAUCAAGACUGAUGGAUUCAUUCCUGGUCAUUGGCCGCGGGAUAGCUAUGGACUGGGCCUCCCUCUCGAGCUUCGGGUCAAGAUGGGGUUGUUCCGCCUGAGGAUGGGUGAUAAGCAUCACCAAGAGGCAAUGCACCAUCUGGAAUAUCUGAACCCUGAUGAUACCUCUGAAGGGGCCCGGAUCUUUGAUUACGGGGAUCUGUUCCGAGAAGUUGCAGACGCUUUGAAAGAUGUUGGAAUGCUAGAAGAAGCGCUCCGCUUCUACGAGCCCAUCCAGCAAACUACGGAAUAUGCUGACAUCAGCUUCUUCCUCGCCAUGGCCGACUGUUGCAUGCAGCUGGGCAGGGUGGAAGAGGCUGAAAGUUGCUAUCUUACCGUUGCCGAUCAUGACUCGAGGAACAUGGAGUCACGCGCGCAGCUAGCGAAGCUCUAUGAUAGUCUCGGAAUGAGCGAUCAGGCAUUCAAGUAUGUCAACGAGGCCGUCUUGAUUGGCCGACAGGAGACCAGAACCCGCCGGAGGAGAAAGGAUGCUCGGCUAGAACAACUUGCCGCCGAAUUCAGGAGGUCGGACCCAGGGGCCCUGAGGCCCAUCGCACCUAAACCCGGACCACUCGACACGUGGACAGCAACUACUUCUGGGCAGGGGCGUGUUGAGAGAGUUGAUAGUCACCGUGCAGAUGACAUCCAAUUUCUGUAUGCAAAAAUGCAGCAAUUGGAGCCCAAAGUCAAGGAUGGCGAUGUCGAUGCGACCGAGGACUGGCUUGAUAUUGCUGAUGCUCUGUUGCGCGAUUUUCGAUCAAACCGAAUCUUUUACCCGAUGGCACGCACUACCGAAUUCCAGGGCUAUUCGAGCCAAGCACAACGGAAGAGCGGCGGCGUUAAGACCAGCGUUUUCUUGGAUGAAAUGCAAGAAAUAGCGGGACGGUUGCAGAGGUCGAGGGGUGGCGACGUUCAAGAAGAAGCACUGCAUGACGUUGUUCCAACGGAAUAUCAUGGCAUUUCCUUUGACUCGUGGCUAGACAUCUUCCUACAGUAUGCCCUCACCAUCACCGACCAGGGUGAGCCAGUUGAAGCAUAUGAAGCCCUCGAAGCUGCUGCGACUGCUAGUAUUUGGUUCCACGAUAAGCGAAAGUCUCGUAUGAUCCAUGUCUGUUGGUUCACUUGUGCACUUCGAGCCCAGGACGAAGAGGCUCUCACUAGUGAGGCUCGUUGGUUUGUGAAGGAGUAUCAGUUCGUCACAGACACGUAUCGCCUUUUUUCGAUGCUGAGCCAUCUAGCUGGGAACCCUCAAAAAUCACUUUUCAACUCCUCCCCAAGUAUGAAGUUCAUGCUCCGCCAGAUCAAGGCUAUGGACUUUACUUUGCCAGACAUGGAGAAUAAGCCCCAGCCGCCGCGGCAAUCUGUCUGGAGGGAACGUGCUGCACUCUCAACCAAAGACGAGAAUGGCGAACCAAUUCCAGCGUAUGAGCUGGAUAUCGCUUUGCUGGUGCUGUACGGUCAUAUUCUCUAUUCAGGCAACAGCUUCUAUCCAGCCCUGAACUACUUCUUCCGUGCCUACGCACUCGAUGACCAGAACCCGGUUGUUCUUCUCUCUAUUGCUCUCUGCUUCAUCCACCAUUCUCAGAAGCGACAAUCGGAGAACCGACACUAUCUUAUAAUGCAGGGCCUGUCGUUCAUGCACGAGUACCGCCGCGUUCGUGCGAAGCGUGGAGCUUCAAUGCAAGAGUGUCAGGAGGUUGAAUUCAAUUUUGCUCGCAUGUGGCAUGGCCUGAAUUUGGCCCAUUUGGCCAUCGAAGGGUAUGAGCGUGUGCUCAAAAUAGGUGAAGAGAUUCAGCAGCAGACCCGGGAACAGUUGGCUGGGCCAUCAAUUAGUGCAACAGAUGGAGCUGAUGUGGAUAUGGAUAGGGCUGGCGACGUUGCUGUGACUGCGGGCCAGAACUUUGUCGAGGAUUUCUCGCACGAGGCUGCUUUUGCUUUGCAAUGCCUCUAUGUGCUCGGUGACGAUACAAACACUGCCAAGGAUGUUACUGACAAGUGGCUUGUCAUAUGA